AUGAGAUAUGCAGAUAAUGGUUAAAGUGAAUUCGUUUUAGGCAUAGCCUUUUUGGUUUUAGGAAUGAUUUACACAACAAUCUUUUGUUUUGGAGUGAUCAGAUAUUGCAAAAUGGGGAAGAAAACAAAAUACUUGGGAAAAAUCUUUUAUCUCUCAAUCGUACUUUCUUGUUUAGCAUAUAUGUUGAAUAUGGCAUUAUACUUAUAUGACGUACAAUUACAAAUGUAAAAUAGAUUUUUGAAUAAAAAGCAGAUGAUUAUAUUUUGAGCAUUGAAAAAUAGCUGUUAAACACAAUAUAUGUUCCUGAUGGAUUAUUUUGGAUUGUUUAUUAAUCCUUAUUUUGGACAGUCGUUUGUCUGCACUACGAUUCACAUUUGCAUAUUGGAUAAUUGGAUGAACUUCCAUAUAAUCCGAAUAUGUUGAUUCAUUUAAUGAAAGACAUCUUUAUAAUAUAUGGAAUAGCAUAAUUAAUUGUGGUGUUACUCUAUAAUUUCAAUUAUGUAAAGGCAGAGGUGUUGUUUUACAUAAAUAUUGUCAUUAAUUUAUCUAUACCAGUCUAAUUUAUCAUAACAUCCCUAUAUUUACAAUAUAAGUAUUCAGGAUCUCCAUUUAAGUCAUCAAAAUAAGAGAAUAUUUCAAAUAGACUCUAAAAAUUAAUAUUUUAUUGGACAAUUCUCAGAGUCAUCCAAAUAAUAAGCAAUUUUUUAUUGAUGGAAAACCUGGAAAUGAUAAGGAAAUUCUUUUCAUCUGAAUUGACUCAAAACUAAUUGUUACUCUACAUAUCAUUAUUGAUAAUAGAUUUAUUAUUGGCAAAUAUUUUUCCAUUUAUCUUGGCUUUGAGAUAGUAAACAUUUUCAAUAUUUUUGGGUAAGAAGAAUACUACCAUGAGUACUAUUUCAGAGCAUCCAAUGCGUUAAGAAUUUUUAAAUAAUGACAGCUCAGUUAUGGAAAGGAAAUAAAUUCAAUUUGAUUACAAUGAGGUUGUGAAAUCUAUAGCUGGUCCAUAAACAAAAAAGUAAAAGCCUAAUGGAUUUGGUUACAUUUUGGUCUGUCAAAUCUAAUAAAAAAGUUUUGGGAUGAGAAUAAUUGAAUUCAAAUAGUUAUAGCCCUACUUGAUUGAAUAGGUGAAGUAAGAAAUAGAAUAAGUGAAUUCAUUGAAUCAUCAAUAUCUUUAUCAUAUUCAUGGGUUUAACAUAGUCGAUAACAAGGUAGUGUAUCUGACCAAAUUUUAUUAAUAUUCAUUGCACAAUUAUUUGGUUUAAAAUUAGAUUUCAGUAGAAGAAAAGAUUGAGAUCUUAAUUUAAUUGUUACGUGGGAUUAGUUACCUUCACAAAUAACGUUUUUGUCAUGGAAGUUUAACCACAGAAAAUGUAAUGAUCAAAUCAAAUGGAAGAGUGAAAAUAAGUAAAUAAAAGAUUUCUAUUUUCUAGUUGAUUUCGGGCUUUUUGGAAUUAAAAAAUAUUAGUCACUUUUACACAGUUAUACCAAUAAAAAUGGAUUCACUGCUCCAGAAUUGCUAAUACAACGAGGUCAGAUUGUAAGUGGAUCAUAGGAAGGAGACAUAUACAGUGUUGGUAUGAUAAUGUACGAGAUGUUUGAAAAGAAAGUACCAUUCGAAGGAUUAUAACUCUAAAACAUAUAGGAUUGUCUGAAUAAAGCUGUAAGACCCAAGAUUGAAUCUAAAUCCUUGAUGGAUGACAUAAUCAGAUGGUGUUGGCAAUAGGAUUUUGAGAAGAGACCAAAAGUUGAUUAGUUAUUAAAUGUAAUUGAAAAUAUAUAAAUAAAAUGAGUGGUACAAUAGUUGUGGGGUCAAAUAUUUAUGAGACUGAAUUUUUGGAUGAGAUCUUUAUCUAUUAUGGCAAUUAAACUGCCGACACCAUCAGCUUUAAAGAUGGACUGAUUAUUAGUCCAAAGAAAUUGGAAUUACCAGAAUAUAAAAUUAAUAGAUCUGAGCAAGGGGAAAUCAUCAUGGCCAUUAUUAAGGAAGCCAUGAAUCUGUUAGAAUAUUCAAAGUUAUCAGAUGAGGGGAUAAUCAAUUUGUUUGAAUUACAAUAUGUAAAUCAAUUGAAAUCAUACCCAUCCCUAAGAUUUCAAUAUAUGGAUAAAGAAUAACCAUCAAUAUUAAUGGAUGUUCGUAAAUCUUAUUUUACAGUGCAUAAUUGUUAUCAAAUAAUUAAAACUUUAAAUACAGAGCCAUCUGCUUAUUUUAAGAACAAAUUUGUUUUGUUGAGGUACCCAGAAAAAAAAAUGAUUGUUCAAAUAAAAUCUGUAGUGGUUGAUUAAGAGUUCACAUAUAAAGGUGUAUCUUUAGAAGACUACUUUAAAUAAAAAUAUUAAUUAAAGAGCAAAUCAAGUGUCUAUUUAGAAACCUACAAUACUCAGAAUAUUAAGAAAUAAUUCUUAAUUGCAGAAUUUUGUGAUUUAAAAAUAGAUUACAUUGAAUAAGAUGCUACUGCUUAUUGUCAACAAUUAGAAUAUUGGAAUAAAAUUAUUAACAAUAGCUCAUCAUUUAUUAAAUUCUUAAACUAGUAUAAAUUAAUAAUCAGAAAUGAAUAAGUUGAAUUCAAAUAAUAAUACUUAGAACCUGGAAAUUUGGUAUUAAAUAACCAAACUAAAUCAAUAUUUUAAAUUGUGGCAUCCAGAACGUCAAGUGAAUUUGAGUACUAUUAUACUGACUUUUUUCUUAAGAGUGCAUCUACUUUUACAACUUCUUUGACCAUCAAUAAAUUAAUCAUCUUAGUAACUAGAGAAAUAAUUGAACUAAAAGACAAUUUUAACUCCUUUUUAGAAAAAUUUGAUUUAUUUAUCAAAUCUAGGUAAUACAAAAUAUCAUAACCUUAAAUUUAUGAUAUAAAUAAUAAUUUGAAUGAAAUUUUAGAGAAUUAUGUCACAGAGGAUUCUUAUGUACUUUUUGUUGGAGAUCAAAAGGCAGAUUUUACAUUAGCUAGAACUACCUUGUUAUUAAAGGCCAUUCCUAAUUAAAUAAUACACCUUCCCAUCCAAGACCAAGAGAUCAAUAGAUUAUUAGCUAUGAUGACUGCUAAUCUUGGUAGUGUACCUUGGUCUAUUAAAGAAAUCAAUGGUUAAAUUAAUAAUAAAAAGAGUGCUGUCUUAGGUAUUUGGAAAAGUGAUAAUUCCUUUUCUGCAUGUCUCAGCAUUAAUAAAUAUCUCAACAAAUAUAUAUCCUCAUUUGGAGAUUUAGAUUAAAUUCUUACACUUCUUUUAUCCACUUAUUAUGCCACACAUAAAGCUUUAGCAAAUUAAAUCAUCAUAUUUGCUGAGGAAGAUUAUACUGAUAUUAUGGAACAAAGAAUUCAAGGACUCACUUAACUAAUAAAAGACCAAGGAUUAGCAGAAUCUACCUAAAAACCUGAAAUUGUUAUGGUUUAAGUAAAGGAUGCCAGCGCAGAGAGAUACUUCACUUAUUUCGAGAGGAAUUUGUAAAAUUAUAUUAUACCUAUCUUAUUUUAGUGAAUCUUACUAUUGCAAAAACCCUUAAGUAGGUUGUAUAGUUCCUAUCAAUGAAAAAUAGGGUAGAUUUUCAUUCCAUUCUUAGAGAGGAGAGUAAGGAUGUUUACAAGCUCAAUAAUUAUAAAUUAGUUCAUCCAACAGAAGAGAAAUAGCUUAAUUAUAUUAUCAUUUGAUAUUCUUAAAUUUCGAUUUGAGUUCUAUCACUUAUUUACCAGCACCUCUUCAUUAUGCAAAAAAAUUGUCUAAACAUCAACUUUAGAGUGAGCAGUACAAAAAAGCAAUAGAAAAAGGACAUUUGUUAUUUAUUUGA